AUGACGCCCUCCGCCGUCGCCAACCUAGCCGGCGCCUCCCCGCUGCCCGCCUUCGCGCCGAGGCCCAGGUCCAGGCCCAACUCGGCCAGCCCGGGCCCGUUCGGGCCCGCGCCGCGCCGGCUCGCCGUCGCCGCCCCGCCGCGGGCCUUCUUCUCCUCGGCUCCCUACCAGCCGCCGGAGCCGGAGGGCUACUCCUCCGUCCGCGAGUACGGCCUCGUGCCCAUGGUCGUCGAGACCACCUCCCGCGGGGAGCGCGCCUACGACAUCUUCUCCCGCCUGCUCAAGGAGCGGAUCGUCUGCAUCCACGGGCCCAUCGCCGACGAGACGGCGUCCCUCGUCGUCGCGCAGCUGCUCUUCCUCGAGUCCGAGAACCCGCUCAAGCCCAUCAGCCUCUACAUCAACUCCCCCGGGGGCGUCGUCACCGCCGGGCUCGCCAUCUACGACACCAUGCAGUACAUCCGCUGCCCCGUCAACACCAUCUGCAUCGGCCAGGCCGCCUCCAUGGGCUCCCUCCUCCUCGCCGCCGGCGCGCGCGGGGAGAGGCGGGCGCUGCCCAACGCCAGGGUCAUGAUCCACCAGCCCUCCGGCGGGGCCCAGGGCCAGGCCACCGACAUCGCCAUCCAGGCCAAGGAGAUACUCAAGCUGCGCGACCGCCUCAACAAGAUCUACGCCAAGCACACGGGCCAGAACAUCGACAAGAUCGAGCAGUGCAUGGAGCGUGACCUUUUCAUGGACCCCGAGGAGGCCCGCGAAUGGGGGCUUAUAGACGAGGUCAUCGAGAACCGCCCGGCCUCCCUCCGCGGUAUGAGGGGUGGCCAGGCCACAAAGGUGAAACCUUUUUCUGAGUCCGGUGGCUAUGUUGUUUGUUGUUAG